AUGUCGUCAGAAGGCAGUUCCAUCAUGGACCGCGUCGAGGUGCUAUACUUUGAUGUCUUUGGAACCGUGGUCGACUAUGUGGAUACAGUCACCAAGGCGCUACGAUGGGAAAUUGCGAACACCGCCAUAGCUGAUGCCAGCGUUUUGCAGGCACUGCAACAAGACUACGAUUGGCGGUAUUUCACGCUCAUGUGGCGUCAGCAGUACAAGCUCGAAACAAAGCGACUUGCAGACAUUGGCAAUCCGGACAAGGUGACAGUGGAUCAGAUGCAUAUGAACGCUCUCAAUCGGCUCAUUGCCGAUCUCCCUCUUGCACCAGGCAAAGAAAGCUCGCGUGCUGUCGCGCAUCAUGCUACCAAAGCUGUCUCGAAGGCGCUCGAUCAAGCAUGGACCCAGGAUGUGCGGGAACGUCUCAAUUUCACUUGGCAUCUGCUCGAGCCUUGGGCCGACUCGGUCGCGGGACUGCAGGCAUUGAAGGCACACUUCAAACUCGGGACGCUGACCAACGGCAAUCUCAACCUGAUGGUGGAUAUGGCCAAACACGCCAACCUGGCUUGGGAUUUUGUACUGACCGCCGAUAUGAUGGGCAGUUUCAAGCCGGAUCCACUGAUGUACCGCAAAGCCAUGCAGCUCUUCGACAUCCAGCUCGAGGCCGAUGCGCAUAAGGCUUGCAUGGUCGCUGCGCAUCUAUACGAUCUCGAGGCUGCAAAAGCUUGCGGUAUGACGACAGUGUUCAUCUCAUCCAGGCCAACUGAAGACCAACUGCCAGCGGAAGGCAAGCCAGGAUACGUCGACCUGGUUGUUGCAGACCUGUUGGAGCUGGCCCAGUUCAUUCGCUAG